UCUGUGCCAGAGCUCGUAGAUUUGCAUGUCAGUCACUCGUCUAAACCAACUUAUGCACCUCUCUCUCUCUCUCUCUCUCUUUCAUUUCCUUGUCAGUGCAGAUGAUCAAUACCUCUGCUAAAGUAUCUUUUUGACCUACUACUACUACUAGUUUUGCGCAUUUGGUCUUUGUUUAUUUAGUCUCUUCCAUCAACGCAAACAUUCUCUAGAAAUUACUCUCUCUCUCUCUCUCUCCACACAAAAGAAAGGACUUGCUCUGCUUUUCCAUCUACCUUUCCAUUCCUCCCAAGAAAUGAUUACUUCUUCAGAUUCACAUGUACUCCUAACAGGACCACCAUCUAAAAACCCAUUAGAGCUUAUGGAUCAAACCCAAAAGGAAUCAAUAUUCUCUGAGGAAACAAACGAGAUCAAGAAAUGUUGUGGUGAUUGCAAGACAACAAACACACCCUUGUGGAGGGUCGGUCCAGAUGGGCCCAAGUCUCUUUGUAAUGCUUGUGGGAUUAGGUACAGGAAGAAAAGGACUGCUGUGGCAGGAGUGAGCAAAGGAUCAGAGAAGAGUAAAGAAAAUUCCACCACCAUUAGUACCAACAACAAGAAGAAGAAGAAGAGUAGCAGUGUGAGUAAUGAUGGUAAGGAUGGUGAGUUGAAAGAGGGUUUGAGGGUGAGAUUGAUGGCUUUGGGUAAAGAGGUGGUGAAGUUGCAGAAGAGGCAGCGAUCUCCUCCAAUGAAGAGACAAACUUCUUCUUCUUGCAGGGUUGGGAAGUUGGGAGAGGAAGAGGAGGCUGCUUUUCUGUUGAUGGCUCUGUCUUGUGCCUCUGUUCUUACAUGGUAAGCAGGGGCUCAAACAAAAAACACUAACCAAUCAACUUAACAUCUAUGUACAUAGUAUGUUUUACUAGUUUCUUUAGAUUUUGUGUUUUAUAUAUAUAUAUAUAUAUAUAUAUAUAUAUAUAUAUAUAUGAAAUACCCCUUGUUUAUUUAUUUUUUCGUAAAAGGGGUUCGGAUUUAGGGGAGUGUUGCUUUCGAGGUUGGAAGGUAGUUCUGUUUUUGGGAGAUAUGUUUUUGUGGGAAAAUGAAAAUCUAUGUACAUAGUAUGUUUUACUAAUGAA